AUGGAUCUUGAUGAGGAACAGAAAGUUCCUUGUAUUGAAGAAGAUUGUGUUAUUGAAGAGUUGCCACCUGAUAAUGAUCCAGUGGUAAAACAAGAACCUGUUGAAAACUAUGAGAACUCCUUAGAUGGUCUUCAGAAAAUGCUGGGGUAUGAUAUUAGCGAAGAGGUACAGAAGCAGAAGGAACAGGGGGGUGAGAAGAAAAAGGAGAAGCAGAUUUCUGAAAAUUCAGAUGCUGAUGGUAAGGCUUGUAAUGGUAAUUCUCUUUGCACAGUUGUGACUAAGGCACCACCUUGAAAACAAUGUAUAGAUGUUGAAGGAAAAAAGCUCCUUAAGGUGAAUAAGACAUUUUUCACCCACUUGUUUCAAUUGUAAUCAAAAUAAAUUUUGAAUAUGAAACUCUGUUAAGGCCUGAGGAGCUAGUGUAGGAUUAGGUUGCAGUCAAAAGGCAACUGGGACAGAUAAUGUCACCAUUUACUAUAUGGAUCAUUCUAUUAGCAGAAAAGCUUUGCUUUUGCGGCACAGUACACCACUGAGCUAGCUUUUUUGGAUUUUCUCACUAUCUCUGGGGCAAUAUUUAUAAAAAUCUCAGUGAUCAAAGUUAAUAGCUUAACUUGGUUGAGAGGCAAAACAGUUUUAAUCCUUAUUUAGUAUGGACAAGGUCCGAAUUGAAGUGGCAGUAAAUUUGUGAAAUGUUGAUGUUCAGUAAAUGUUAAACGUAAGCAGACCAGGCGAUAAACUGGUUGCAGUUACAUGUGUUUCACCUUAUUUUCGAUGGUAUAUAUUUUUACUCUUUUAUAUUGUCAUUAGCACUAAACAGUCUCUAUACCAAACAUAAUAUUGGUUUGAAAUUUUAACCUUUUUUAAUUUUAAAUUUUCAGUUGAGUUACCCAGAAGAGUUCAGUGUACAGCUUGCGGAAGACAAGUGAACCCUGCUCAUGGUACUGUCUGUAGACAUCCAAACUUGAAUGUCUUGGUGUGUAAAGUAAGUACAUACACAUGUUUGGUAUCACAGUCACUUCUCCAUGAGAUGAACAUUUUAAAAGCAGAAAAAAAAAAUUGUAGAUAGGUAUCUUUUUGUUUUGAUACAAUUUGCAAAAAAUGUCAACUUUCACUUUGACUUAUUGCUUUCAGUUAUUUACUGUUGCGCAGAGACUUAUCACAGAAGACGAAUUAAAUUUUUCCCCAGUGCGUCUCUCUCUAAUUUCCUUUUAUUUUUUGUUUUUACAUAGAAAUGCAGUCGGUACUUCAAUUCUGGGCCAUUUACUCGUGACGAAUUUGGUGUAGAGGAACAGUGUCGAUGGUGUGGCGAUGGAGGUUCGCUUCUCUGCUGUGACAAGUGCGAGAAGGCAUUUUGCAAAACUUGUAUUAAACGUAACCUAGGCAAGGCAAAGCUCAAAGAGAUCGUGGAUGCACCGGAGGACACUGAAUGGUUAUGCUUUUGUUGUAAUUCUAAACCUUUAUCGCAGCUAGUAAAAGCAUGUAAUCGAAUAAUGGACAUUCUGGAUUCGCGCAAAGCCCAAAAAAGUCUCUUUAAAUCGAAAAAGGGAUCUUCGUUAAAGGAGACCCCUAACCAAAAGGAACGACGGAGCAGACUGUGCAGUAUAAGUGAGAAUAUGGGAAUGAGCUCUGAUGGCGCAUUGUCACCCAGUGAAAGUCCAACAAAGAAGAGUGCGGCUGCUAAUCGCGUCAGUGUCAAUGAUGAUGAUUGUAAAGAGGAUGAGAACGAUGGUGGAAAUGAUUCGGAUCGAAAGAAAGACAGAAAAUGCAGCUCUAAAGUUGCAAACAAGAAAAAUGGAAAGAAAAAUGGGUCUACUAAAGAGGAUGUUUUGGUGGUUGUUGACAGCGAUAGUGAUGAUGAUGUGGUGGUCACCAGCUCAAGGAGUAAAGGGAAAAACAAAAAGGUUCAAGCGAAGAGUACAAGUAAAAACAAACCACAAAUGAGUGGCGAAUCAGUUGGGAAAAAUAACAAAAAAGACAGUAAGAAAAGCAAAGUGAAAAACAAUAGAACUAGAAAAGAUUCAUCAAGUGAAUCAGAUUCUCAUGAGAAAAACAAAGAUUUAAAGCGAAAGUCGAAAGCUGUAAAAAAGACGAAGCGCAAAGAUAAAAGUGAAGAGGAAGAUUCAGACUUUUCAGACUUUGUUUCUAUGGUGAAAACUAAAGACGGUCAUCAAAAGGAGAAGAAGGUUAAGAAGCAGAAAGGAAAAGGAAAGAAACAAGCCAUUUCAGAUUCAGGGAAAGAAUCUGAGGACGAGAGAGACAAUGAAAGAAGAAAGACACGCUCUAAAAAGGCAAGCGUGUCACAAAAACAAACUAGAAAACGCCCGCGGAGGGUAACUUCUUCAGAGGAGGAAUCCAGUUCCUCUGAUGAGGAGAAAUCGGACAGUGAUGUGCCAGCUAAAAAGAGGAAAAAACAGCAGGCUAAAAAGAGCAGAAAGAUACAGAGGAUAGCUUCAGAAGACAGUGAUGAAUCUGAUGAAGAGAUUGCCAGCAAAAAGAAGGGCAAAUCAAGGAAGAAAACUAAAAGUAGUAGUUCUGAAUCUGACGACGAUAGCAAGAAGAAAAGGAAACGGAAGGGAAAAGGGAAAGAGAAAAAAGGACGAAAGAAACACCAAAUUGGUAAGGAUAAUGACGACUCGGAAAAUAAUGAAGACGAAGAAGAAGAAGAGGAGGAGGUGAGCCCAUCGAAAAAGAAAGGUCGUAAGAAAAUUCGGAAACUAAUUGAAGACGAGAAACUUGCCGAAGAAACCCGAAAGGCCAGAAGGCUCGAGGAAGAGAGGCGGAAACGCCUUUUAGAAAGGACUCGUGCCAGUGAACUUGAUGACUUGCCAAGUGAGUCGGCCAAAGUCUCCACACUUGUUCUUGAGGCUGACCCAGACACUAAGGAGCCGUUAGUCCAGAUUAAAGAGGAUCUUCUGCAGCAUCUGAAACCUCAUCAAAGCAAAGGGAUACAGUUCAUGUAUGACUGUGUUAUUGAGUCGUUAAAGUCAUGGAAGAAAGAAGAGCCAGGUGGAGGCUGUAUACUGGCCCACUGUAUGGGUCUCGGCAAAACGCUGCAGGUAUUUUGAGAACUUUUGAUGGAGCUAUUUUGAAGUAACAGUAGUAGGUAAACCAGGAUUGCAUCGGUCUUACUUAACAUUUUUGAUUUAGUAUGUGAUUGGUCUAGAAAACGCGCGCCUUUUUCUCGACCAAUCAGAUGCAAAACCAGAAAUAAUUGCGACUUGGUCACUCGCAUUUCCCGCUCUUUUUUUCAGUUUAGCCACCUCCGUUAUUUUACCUUUGUUCUAAUAUGCCGUUGUGAUUAAUCUGAUUUUGGUCUAAGGACAAGCAAUCGAGAUCCGCUGUAUGGGCAGUUUUGCUAUUUUCAUUGGCUGUGCUUAUAUCGACUAUAGCAUAAUACCAGCGAGCCCGCGAGAAUCUCUACAGUUGUUGUAAAAACGUGGGUAUUUCUCUCUCAGGUCGUUGCACUUGUCCAUACACUGAUGACCCAUUCAGAUAUCAAGUUACAAAGGGUGUUAGUCGUGGCUCCUCUCAACACAGUGUUGAACUGGCAAGUCGAGUUUGAAAAGUGGCUAGCUGUGGAUGACAGGCUCGAGGUAAUAACAAGUUGUCUUGUUGAGCGUUACUGGUGUGUCUUUCAGACUAUUACUAACCAGGAGACAGCAACAAUACCGUGACAAAUGUCUAAAAAAGUCUGAAUAAGAAUCGUUUUUGAAUGGACUCAAGAGGAAGUCACUGAUCUUUGAUGUGUUCGAACUUUAUCUCGGAAAAAAAUGUUUAGUACAUUGUACACCUUUUUCAAAAGAAGUGAUCAGAUUAAAAUUUAGUGUGACCUCUAUUGGACGGGAACGACCCCUUAUAAUUGUCUUUUUUCAAGGUUUAUAUCCUUCAGGAAGUUGGAGGAAACAAUUGGCGUCGAGCAGACAUGCUCACACAUUGGAUGCGGUAUGGUGGUGUGCUGAUCAUGGGAUACUCGCUCUACCGUAACCUGUCACAAUGCUACAGGAUUAGAAGCAAACACCAGAAGAAGUUAUUCCAGGAAGCUCUGGUUGAUCCUGGUACGGUGAACUUUGACUUCAGUUACUGUUGUUGGUCCAGCGACUUUCGCAAAAAAGGUUUCUUAAAAUAGCAGACGUGGUUGAUUUGGAAGCACAAAACUUUUAAUUUACAUUAGAUCUUGAUAAAAGUUAAGAAUUAUUCCAAGACAGCUCAAUUUCAAAUGCGUCACAUUGAUUAGUAGUAUGCGAUUCUAUUGUUGUCCACAAAUCCACUACUAUAGAGCGAUGCUAUGGACGUGUCUCUGAGGUGUUUUGCUGAUUAACUCUCUUUACUUUCUAGGUCCUGAUUUGGUAGUUUGUGAUGAAGGUCAUAUCUUGCGGAAUGACGCCAGUGCCAUCUCCAAAGCUCUCAAUGCCAUAAAGACAAAACGACGAAUUGUGUUGACUGGAACACCUCUGCAGAAUAAUCUCAUUGAAUGUAUGUUCUCAUGAAAUAAUUGCCUUUUAAUUAUUAGUUUAUGGGCUCAAGAUUUCUAUCGCGUGAUAGAAUGUAGUUGGUUAGGGCGAAGUCCGAAUAGCCUACCACGCGUAGAAAUAAAGAGCAAAUAAUUGAAUUUUUGAUAUGAAUCUAUUAGUCCUCCAGUAUUUAACAACAAGACAGGCUCGUUAUUAAGAUAAAUUUAAGAUUCAAGGGGAAAUUUUUCAAAGACAUGUUUCGAAACGACUUCAUGCCAUCAUCAGGUUAAUGUGUUGAGCCUUUAACUUUUGUUUUUACGCGUUACAAGCAGAUACGUUGUAGGUUUCCUCGUGAAUCUGAAGUUUAUUUCAAUCAUAUUGUUAUCACGAAGCUUUGGAAGUCUUAAGACAGGCUCAUGUUUUUAAGUUUGGGUACUGUUAGACUGCAAUGCAAACCUGACAAAAUAUUUGGGUUAGUAUAGUAGUGAGGAACGAAAAUCACCACUCAUGGCAAUUGAAAACCAACCAAUCGAAGCGGAACAUUACGCUUCGUAAGGCAACGCCGAAUUAUUUGACCUUGUUCCCUAAAAAGACUAACAUUAUGCAGUCAAAACACUGCGACAUCAAAAGUGACUGCAUCUUAAGGGACACGAUAAUUCUUGACUGUAACUCUUGAAUGACUUCAACCUUUAUUUUUUUAGACAAUCGGGUACUAGCAUGCUGCAAUUACUCAUCCCACACAAAUUAUUUUGCAGAUCACUGUAUGGUGAGUUUUGUGAAACCAAAUCUCCUUGGUACGCGUAAAGAAUUUACGAACACGUUUGUCAAUCCCAUCCAAAACGGCCAGUGUGCAGAUUCUACAGCUCUUGAUGUUCAGAUUAUGAAACAACGAUGCCAUGUGCUUCAUAAGAUGUUAGAAGGCUGUGUGCAGGUGAGUGGAAUCACGUGCCGUACGUAUUAGAUUUGAAAUUCACCAUAUACUGCUUCUUACAGCAAAAAUGACGCACUCAGUUUUCGCGAUGUUCAUUGCGGAUUAUCAAAAGUUGGGAUAAACUCUACCUUUAGAUAUAAACGAAACUUAAAAUCUUUGAAUUUUUUAGUAAACAAAGUCGCAAAAAACUCCCUAACCGUUUCUUUUCUUUCUCUUUUCCAAAAGAGAAAAGAUUACGCGGCGCUGAUACCUUUUCUUCCACGUAAACAUGAGUAUGUGAUCAAGGUUCGGUUAUCAGCAUCCCAGAGGAAGCUGUAUGAACAUUACCUCAAGACAUUUGUGUUUCCUGAUGGGGACGUUGGAAAAAGAGGUAGGGAGGUGUAUUUGACGUAAUUGAGCACUGUUGUUGUUGUUGUUGCUACUGUUAACGGAAUAAUUUACAAAAGCACCAAGAUCGAAAUGGGAAUGGGGCUUUGAAAGUUUGAAACAAUUUGCGUUUGUCAGAUUACUUGGCGGAGCAACAGUUGAAUAAAUCGCUGAGUUUAUGGUCACGAAAACCGCUCUGUUUGAACGUCUGGUACACGGCUUGUAUUUUUAAAUUUUUUUCAUCUGUUUGUAUAACCUUGUUUAAUUUUCUUGCAUGGUUUUUGUUGUUUUUUUUUUUUUUUUGCUUUAAAGAUCACUAGGAUAUUGUUAAUUCGCUAUGAAUUAGGGAGUGAGGAGUGUGCAACUAUGCCCCUAUACACUGACAUACGACCAUGUUGGGACUUAGCUUAACAUGUCAGGGCGUGAAAUUGCGCCUGAUACAGGCGCCAAUGCGACUACAUUUUUUACUUUGGCGACCAAAUCCUGAAAAGUAGUCGCCAAAUUGGCGACUAGAAUGCUUCAUCAUAACCAUAUUUAGAGAUAUAGAGAAUUUGAAAGAUUUUCAAAGAGAAACGUCCUUGUUAAGUUUGUUUAAUUUCCAAAACGCAGCACACGCAUCUCGAUCGAUAAUUAGACGCCAUCUUGGAUUUAGGUGAACUUGAAGGUUGUAUAUCAGCUAUCCUAGUGUCCACUUUGCAGAACUUAAUUUUGGAGGGUCUAUCUAAAACGCUGACAGUGUUAAAAAAAAAAAGAAAAAAAAGGUUUUGUUUGUCUUUAAAAUGGCGACCAACUUUUUUUGCAUUGGCUACCACUUUGAAAAAUUUAGGAGCCAAGUGGCUAUUAGAAAAAAAAAUUAAUUUCACGCCCUGCAUGUAUAUCAACAGCAAAAGCUAAACAUCAACUCUGAUUUAAAUCACUUUUCUGAAACCAAUCCUGUAUAAGAGUAGUGGAAAAUUAUUGUUUCCAUUAAGCAGAUAUUUUCACUUUAGUUUUGCAAAGGCUUGGAGGAGACCAUAGGCAGUUCAGUUUUUUAUCUUUUGCCGUAAACGCAAUGUUCAAUCUCUAUAAUGGGUAUUUUAAUUUCGCUCCUAGGGGUUUCCCUUUUCUCGGACUAUCAGUGUCUGAUGCGUAUUUGGACUCAUCCCUGGUGCCUGAAGCUGGAUGCUCUGCGACGGCCAGAACAGUUUGUCGAUACAGACAGUAUGGACGACUUUGUGGUACACACUGACGAAGAAGAAGAAGAAGAGGAAGGAUCAGAAAGCGUUCAGUCAACAACUUCAGAGGAAGGAGAAGACGAAGUUCAGUCUUCAUCUGAGAGUGAAGAUGAAAGAAAACGAGUUAAGGGCAGGAGAAGAAAGAAGAUUUCAAGCUCAGACGAGGAGGAAAGUGAUGACGAUGAAAACGAAAGCGAGGAUGAAGUUCUUCCGCAGUCCUCAAGGAAGAAAUCUGCGCUCGCCAGCAAAGUUUCUUCAGCUUCAAACAGGGCUGGCUCCUCUACUGUGAACAUUGGUGGAGAGGACAUAACAAUAGUGGAUAUCAACGAAGGUGCGAGUACCAGUCGUGUUGGACCUAAUUCUAGUAACAACGAUACUCGCAACAGCAAGAAAGAUGUUUCAGUGAGAGACGAUGCGACACCGUCAACAAGUAAAGACAUACAAAAUAGCGAGACGAGCAGCAGUGUUUUUGGCAGCACACGGUCGGGGGCGUCUUUCAAAGACGAGCCGGACGUGGAGAUCGAGGAGGAAAAGGAAUGGUACGACGAAUUCCUACAGGAAGAUGACGAAUACAACGUGGAACUUAGCGGCAAGCUUGUUCUUCUGAUGGAGAUCCUUGCUGAUGCAGAGGCGGUGAAUGAUAAAGUACUAGUCUUCAGUCAGAGCCUGGUUACCCUUGAUUUGAUAGAGAAGAUGCUUGGCGGUGGGGAAAUCGGUGGCGAUAGAGAGAACUGGUGUCGAGGUUGUGACUAUUUUCGAAUGGAUGGAUCCACAAGUGCGGCUAUGAGACAGCGCUGGGCUGAUAUUUUUAACGAUGAUGAUAACAAAACGUAAGUUACAAGUGAUAACUGAUUUAAAUUUUAUUUGUUUAGUAGGAGAUAAGUGAUGGAUUCACUCUUAUGCGCAAUUUUAUUUCAAGUGUGGUAGACAGUAAAUCCUUAUCAAGUCUCUGAGCGAGAUACAUUGUCAAAUGCAACCUUUAUUCACUGUUUUGAAAUGAGCGUUCGCUUCGUCCAUCAGUUCUGGACAGGAAAGAUGCUCUAUUCAGCCAAUCAUUGUGGGAUAUUAACGUCAAACUAUAAUUUGUAGCCAUUAAAGUCGAUUCUUGCAUUUACUCGAAAUAUGCGUUUGGGAAUCAACCGUGGUACAUUGGAGUCAAACCGUAAUUGCUCGGUUUCCUUCGAACCAGGAAAAGCUGUUUUAUUGAAACAAUUCAAAUUAAUUAAAACCUCUUGAGUCUCUCUGAAGUGAGAUUUUUUUUUAUUCCAUGUGUAAUGAAACCAUAUGCAAAUUAAUAAAAAGAAAGGAAAAAAGGGGCAAACAACAUAAAGGUGCUGUUUACCUUUGGUUUUGCAUCUGCUUAUUUGAGAGGGUAGUGCGAUUUUUACCAGACCAAUCAUAGAGCAAGGUAAGCUGAUAGCAGUGCUAUCGUGUAUCUUUUUGCGCUCAGUUAAGUAUUUCACCGCAGAACAGUGUUUAUUGAAAAGUUCUUUCGAGUGAACCUAACUAUAGAAAAUAGAACUGACCACGUUUGUAUUUUCCCCUAGGGCUCGCUUGUUUCUUAUCUCGACCAAGGCUGGUGGACUGGGAAUCAAUCUAGUGGCAGCCAACCGAGUUGUGGUAUUUGACGUGUCAUGGAAUCCCUCACACGAUGUACAGUCAAUCUUCAGGGUUUACAGGUUUGGACAGAGCAAGGCUGUGUUUGUUUACAGACUUAUAGCACAGGUAAGAGCGUAAUGUAGCCGUCCUAUGACAUUUAGAAUUGCUCACAUGAUUUACUUUCUGACUCGUGUUAAUGGCUAUUCAGUCAGAGUCUGGGGAAGCGCAAAGCAUCUUUUGAUUCGGAAAUCGGCCGUUGACGGUAGGAAUCUGGAGCAAAACACACGAGAGUAUCGCGUCUCAUGCGCGAUGCUCGUUCACAUGACUACUACGGAAAUGAAUUUAAGAGAUCCUCGCAGCUGAGAACACUACUGAACUAGUAGUUGAAAAUAGGACCUGAAAAAAAUUCAGGUCCGUACGGGAUUUGAACCAUGACCUCUGCGAUACCGGUGCAGCGCUCUACCAACUGAGCUAACAUGUUGGGUCCAAAUAAAUUCGUUUCUUCACCGCAGUGCCAAUAUAUGAAUUUCAUAUAUCUCACAUCAUUAUUCAUCACUUGGAUGGUUUAUUUGGACCCAACAUAUUGCCCAGCUCCCAGUUGGCUUGUUAGCUCAGUUGGUAGAGCGCUGCACCGGUAUCGCAGAGGUCAUGGGUUCAAAUCCCGUACGGGCCUGAAUUUUUUUCACGUCCUAUUUUCAACUACUAGUUCAGUAGUGUUCUUAGCUGCGAGGAUCGCUUAAAUUUGUUUCUUCACCGCAGUGCAAAUAUAUGAAUUUCAUAUGGCUAAAAUCAUUUUACUACGGAAAUGUUUGGUUGACGAGUUGCCACGCACGCUGUUCGCGACUGUGUAUCCUUUUCGCGUCUACUUCAGAGUGGCUAAGCGUGCAAUUUUGGCACUGCAGAACUUGAUUAAAUGACACUGUCUUAAUAACAUGUAUUGUUUGAUGAGUGGUGAUCUAUAACAUCCAUUUUGGGUUUAACACUUAGUAUCUUUUGUCAGGGAACGAUGGAGGAGAAGAUAUACGAUAGACAGGUUAGUAUGAUAUGAUAAGUAUUAUGGCAGGAUUGCUGACCUUGUUGCAGCUGUGAAAAAAAAGUAGAUAAAUAAUUAAUUUAACAAAAUAGAAAGAAAAUAUUUUUUUUAAAAAUCACAUUAUAUUAGGAGAACAUUCAGUCCCCUAUACUUCUCUCAAAAGGAGCGAUGUUUAUCUAACUUCGUGAAUUGCUCAUCGAUCUGAAAUCAUACGCGGGAUUUUCUGAUCUGCAAGGUCGAUUAGAAAGCGGUAGAAGGGUGAUCUUGGACCAUAAUCGCACACUGCAAGACAGGAAAAUAAAUUUGAUUCCUAUUUAUUAGAUCCAUUCGAAAUCGCAGAUUGAAAUUGCUUGAAAUUUUUUGUCAGUUUUUUUUUGUUGUUGUUGUUUUUCUAUUUUCCAACGCAAAGUUUUGGCAGCAGAAGUUGUAGAAUUCGCCACACAAUCUGAAUGGCUUUUGUUGGCUUUAAUUUGUCACUUCAAACGAGCCUUUAAAUCUGAUUGGUUGAAUUGUUUCAGUCUUCCAUUCUCGUUCUCUUUCAUUCCAUGCGGACGUAAUAGCUCAUUUUUUUUUUUGAUUUCUUGCGUUCCUGUAAAGUUGUUUUUAUUAUCCGGUUUUUGCAGUGGGUUUUUUUUCCCUCAGGUGACAAAGUUAUCUUUGUCCAGCCGAGUGGUGGAUGAACAACAGAUUGAACGGCACUUUACUGCUGCUGAUCUACGCGAGCUGUACACGUUUACCCCGGAUGUUCUUGACGAGGAUAAGGAGGCGGAGAAGGAGAUAGAGAAGGAUGCCGGCGAGAAAAGCAAAGAAAAGGAAGAAGGAGCUAAUGUGACUAAUGAGGAAAAGGAAAAUGAUAAAGGUGAUGAGACAGAAAAGGAGGGCGAUAGAGUCAAUGAAACUGAGAGAGAAAAUGGAGAGAAGCAAGGAAAGGACGGGGAAAAUUUAAGGAAUGGAGGAAAAGACAGUGCAAGCGAGCAAGCAAAAGGAGGCGAUAAGCCCGAAGAGCGACCUUCCUUGCCUCUCCCAAAGGUAACGACAAUCUUACUGAUCCUCGACUGAAGUUAUCUGCUUACAAAUCAAUGACAUCUAGUCGCUGAUGCAAUAAUUCCUGUCUGUGUGGCUUUUCGUGUAAAAAGCCCGUCAAGAAAUGACUCUGAUCGUCCCUUAUCCAACAUGGCCGCUGAAAAUGAAAUCACUGACAGUAAACGUGAAAAGCAAACUAUUACCAGCCACCAAAGAAGCUCAACGUAUUCAUUAACCCUUUACACCUUAACAUCAGUAUUCAAACUCUCCAUACUAUGCUCUAUACAUUUCUUAAGGUGCUGACAAGGAGAAUUUGUUUAACAAUCAAGAGCUCUUUUAGUUAAUGAUCCUUUCCUUGACUCUUGUGACCUGAAUGUGUGAUUCAGGGAUGACACUGUAAAGAGAAAUCAGGUGCUAAUCACUCUUAGGGGUUAUAGGGCUAACUUUGCAAAUUUUUUUCACCCAGUGGAUUCUAAGUAGAGAAAUUUUAAUUUUGCUGACUUUCGUAUAUUUAAGGUAGUGUAGUCUGAAGUUGCAUUCCGUGUGAUAAUCAACCAAGCUUUUAUUGUCGUAAACAGAAGGUACAUGUCUUUCAGAAAGGAAUCUUACAGAUAUUAGCCCGUCCCACCCUGCCUGCCUUUCCUUUUGACCAUCGCUCUCUACCCUUGAUUCAAUUUUCUUUCUCUCCUCAGCCUUGCGCUGCUGUAAAAACCGAAUAUGAUAGUAUGAAUUUCACCCACAAAACAUUGAGCGCUCGCCAAAAUUCUCGCCUGCUCUGCAGGCUAUGAGAAUGGUGGUAUAUUGUACACACAACAAAAUUGCAUUACCUGGUUUAAGUUAACUCACUCGCACGAUGAUCGUUUUGUAGGACGCUGUACUAGCAGAUUUGAUCGCACGCCUUCAUCCCAGAUGGAUAGUGAAGUACCACGAGCAUGACUCCAUGCUACAGAACAUCGUGUCUGAAGAACUGACUCCGGAAGAAAUGAAGCAGGCAUGGGAAGCUUACGAAGCUGAGAGAUCUGGCCAAAUAGGUGUGUGAUGUAAUCUAUACUGUCUGUCAUUCCACUCAUCUCCAUUUUCUCUCUCAAAAUGGAGAUAAAAUGGAACGAGCUUUUGGAGUUGACCUCCUAUGACACGAAUGAUUUAUUUGGCUAACCGUCCUUCUUCCGGUCAUGGAUUGUGCAAACAGAAAUCAUUAUCGCCAGUGAAAUCAUUAAAAUUAUGUCUGUUAUAAUCAUGUGGGGUCAAAUUGUUUUUGCCAUUGUCGUUUUGGGGUGGGUUACAAAAUUGUGCGUAUUACUCUCUUUUGUCCUGACCCAGCCAGUCCUUCAGUCUUUAAUCCUCGACAGGGUUCGCACGGGUCCUGGAAAACUUGCGACGUCGUGGAAUUUUAUUCGACUUUUUCCAGGACUGGGAGGUACUGGAAAAAAGACUACAGGUCGUGGAAAAUCGUGUAAAUCUGCUUUACUCAAGCGCUGAAGUUUUCAGAAUUUACAUUAUAAGUGUAUGUAGACAUAAAAGUAAUUGAUUUUUUUGAUGAAGAGUUUAAGGUGAAAAUUUGGAACCCUGGAAAAUUAAAUCUAAGUCUCGGGAAAGUUCUGGAAAAUUCCUUGAAAUUUGUUCCCGAAAAAGCGUACAAAGCCUGCCUCAAUCCUCCUUUAUUCCCACUCAGUCUUAAAUUAAACCUUGGUUGAUUUUUCCACCACUCACCUCUCUUGAAAAGGGAUUCUUUUUCAGUGCACACACUUUUUCGCGAGUCCCGAAAGUGUUUGUCUCGGAGAGAAUCCCCGGCAAAGGUUGUGACUUGUCGCAAAGGGAAAAUAAUUGCUUCCAAAUGCAAUACUGAGAGAAAAUAGGGUUGGGGGAAAAUGAAACUAUUAUCUUAUUACUCCAUUCGAUGUAGUGUCAGUUCAUAUGAAGUUUUUCUGUAUUCUUGCUCUUAGUCCCAGCACACAACCGCAACCAGGAGCCUCCACCGGGGAGCCACGCCCACACUCAGAUGCAAGUGGCACAGAGAAUCCGAAUAAACUCGGAGAUGUUGAAGCAGAUGCAGCAGAUUCAACAGCUGCAGGAGAUGCAGCAACGUCAGGAGAUUCAGCAACGUCAGGAGAUGCAGGAGCGCAUGCAACGUGCACGGCAAGAGCAGGAACGGUUGUACCAGCAGCGCCACAGCGCUUUGUAUCAACAGCACCAGCGACAGCAGGACGAGAUACGCCGGCAGAAUGAACUGCGAUUCAUUCAACACAUGACGCAACAGCCUGCCGCACAGCGCUUCCAGAUCGGACAGAAUACAGUAAACGUGCAGACGACUCUUCCGCCGGCCCCACAGGCUUCCCAGGUGUCAUUUGCUCGGCCUGGUUUGACGUAUCAGCCUCUGAGGGUAGGUUUUCAGGUACCGGCGAAUGUUCGUCUCGCUGCCCCUGGAGCUGGAACUAUUCCUACCACAGGAACCCCAUCCACUAUAACCUUGACUCUUGGACCAGCUACGCCAGUCAGUACCGUCAGAACUUUGUCGAACAACGCGCAGGUUUCGCGGCCAUAACCGUGUUGUAUCUCAUUGUGAAAACGCUGCGUUUCGCGAGAAUAGGAAAUUUCGACGUGCAUAGAAAAUGUCUCUUGGACUUUCCUUUGUGAUAAAUGAUCUUCAAGGGCUUGUUUUUUAUUUUAAGUGAAGUGUUUAUAGAGGCUUAUAUUGGUAUAUGAUGUGUGACUUUAUGUAUCUCGGGAAAAUGACUUAAUGUUGCACUUAAUAACGGCCAAGGUAAUACUCACUCAUCAUAUGUCACGCGUAGCGAUUAUUCUAAGCGCGGAAUACAUCAUACAGAAAUUAUAGUGCUUUCAUUAUUUAUCGAAAAUUAAAUACGAAGCAUUGAUAUAUAAAUGUGUCUGCUUUCUAACAAUAUCCUUUUCGGCGAGGGUCUAUUCUGAUUCCGUUCUUGAGAGGGAGGAGGGGGGGGUCAGGAGAAAGGUUGGCAGUUAUGCAAAAUGAUUCCUGAAAUGGAAAAUUCAGGGAAAUAAAUGCAGCACAAAAAAUUUAGGAAGGCAGACACAGGAACGAAAAAAUUUUUCCCUUUCGUGUCACCGUAUACGGCAGUACAAAAUCGCUACAUUGAACGUAUUUGAGGAUUAGUAACAAUUUUUUUAUCGACGUGUGUGGCGGAAUUUGCAAACGCUCCAAUUUUUUUUAAAUUGUUUAUUAUUUUUUUUGUAUUCUAACAUGUUUUUGAAUGAUUGACCGACUUACUCUUCUAUUUCCCUUCGUGAGGUAUAUAUGCGUUGAACUAAUCGGCACUGAUUCUCGAUAUUUGUUGUGUUACAAGAAUCUUUCCAGCAAAUUUCUAUUCUAGACCCAAAGAGCACUAUCUUUUCCUUGCUGGUCGCAGUAGUAUUCAUGUUCUGAAGCAGAAAAUAAAUGUAAGAAUAUUCUCCUGGGUAGUUGUACCCAAACGAUUGUUCUUCCCAGGCAUAGUUAAUACUGUAGGAAAAUUGCGAAUGCUCUCAACUAAGUUUUGCGUUGAGUAGGACUUAAAGCCGCCGCAGUUACUCAGUCAGGUUCGAUCAGUCGUUAUAGCCGCUGUAGUAAGAGAGACAUUCAUCAAAUGUUUAGAGCAGAGCGAUAUGGAAGCUCCUAAGAAAACUUCGUCCUAGAAUUAACUUGCGCAGGGGCCCAUUAACCAGCCCUUCCAUCUUCCAUACUUACCCUGUGAGUCAACCUUAUCCCGUAUCUUUUUAUUUUUAGAAGCACCUCCCACGGGGUUUUUCGCGGGUGUUUGCAUAAUAGCCAAACAUAAGAGAGUUGUGGUCCUCUAUUGUUUACGUCACAUGCGGGCCGCACGAAAGUAUUACAAUUAUGCGAACGUCAGCGUGUUUUCGCGGGAAAUUAAAGAACUCCCCACAUAUCUCAGUUCUAAAAAUAGAAAGAUACGGGACAAGGUUGAGUCAGGGGUACAAUUGGUAUGGAGGCUCCGGGUAAUGGGCUCCUGACUUACGCCUGUGGAAUAAAUCAGGAUUAAAAAAUGUGUUUAUUGGUUGAUUCAAUAUCAAAUUCUCAGAACUAACAUAAGAAUUAUAUGCAUGACAGUAAGGAGAAUUACAAAUGAGAUAUGAGGAAUGAUUGAGUUUUAAGUGAUGCAUUUCUUUCAUCACCAACCGUAAGGCUGAGUUUUUGGUCUCUUUAUUCAGAGAUGUAUGUAAAUACGUAACUGAGUUAUUCGGUAACGAUAAUCACCAGCUUUUGCAUCAAUUGUUUAUACGCAGUACAUCAAACUUGAAAUGG